AUGAUCAAGACGGCCGGGAGGGACGUCAAGGCUGCUGUCGCUUGGGCGGGCUCCGAUUUACUGGUGAGGUUCUUCCAGCCCCAUCCGGAGGCUUACCAACAGGAGGAUUAUCGAGCGGGCCAUGGGUUGGAUUUUAUCGAAGGUCAAGGUGAGGAUUUCGAAAGGGCUUUAGAAAGUACCGGUUUCGGCAAAUUCCAUUUUUCUCUACUCACCAUAUGCGGUUUGAUUUAUUUGAACACCGCCAUCGGCAUAACGAUCAUAUCGUUCGUGUUACCUUCAGCGACAUGCGACUUCCAGAUGUCCUCAGCGGACAAGGGGUGGCUUACCGCAGCCCCUAUGCUUGGGAUGGUAAUUGGCUCGUAUUUUUGGGGUUGCCUGGCUGAUACGAAAGGUAGAAAAGUCGUUCUGAUCGGUGCUCUAAUGAUGGACGGAAUAUGCGGACUGUUAUCCAGCAUAUCUCAAGUCUAUUGGCUGUUUAUGCUCAUGAGAUUCCUCAACGGUUUCGCCAUAACCGGCGCGAUGGGCAUCUGCUUCCCGUAUUUGGGCGAGUUCCAGCCGAACAAGUACCGCGAAACGAUCCUCUGCUGGAUGGAAUUGUUCUGGACGUUGGGCGUGAUCGCCCUGCCGGGCAUCGCCUGGUUGAUCAUACCGCUCGAAUUCGAAUACGUCACCGACGGGUUCAAGUUCAAGAGUUGGAAUCUGUUCGUGGCGACGUGCUCGACGCCCAGCCUGCUCAUCGGCGCUUGGUUGUUGUUGUUCCCCGAAAGUCCGAAAUUUCUGUUGGAGUGCGGCGAGGCCGACGAGGCGCUCGACGUUCUGCGCGACAUGUACGCUACGAAUACGGGCGACGACGGCGCCAAUUUUCCGAUAUUGAGCCUGCGCGAAAAGGUGCGCACGAUGAGCGUGAUAUCCCAGCAGAGCACGCGGAGCAUCCGCAGCCUGCGGAUCAGGAAGCCCAAGGAGUUGAAAUUGCUGCUCAGAGAGAUAUGGGAGCAAACGAAGGCGUUGUGCAGCCCCCCUCAUCUCAGGUACACCAUCUUGACGUGCAUCAUACAGUUCGGAUUGACCACCAGCUAUUACACGUUGAUGAUCUGGUUUCCGGAGUUGUUCUAUCGCUUCGAGGAGUUCGAGAACAAGCACCCGGACGAGCGGGCGACCGUCUGCGAGGUGUCAUCGGUGGUGCUGUCGGGCAACGCGACAUUGGGCGACGAGCAGGAGUUCUGCGGCGCCCCCAUCGCAGAUUCGGUGUUCCUGCACACUCUGAUCAUCGGCGUCGCCUGCAUACCGACCAGUUUUUGGCUGCCUUUGUGCGUCCAUCGAUUGGGCGCCAAGUUUUUUUUGGUUUUCAGUUUAAUAGUGGCAGGAGGGGUGACCAUUGGGCUGUAUUUCGUCAGUUCGACGACGGCCAAUUUGGUACUAUCGUGUAUAUUCGAGGCUCUGACUAGUUUGGGCAUCAGUACCGUCUACUGCGUCAUGGUCGAUUUGUUUCCGACUAAUUUGAGAGUAAUGGCGGCGGCUUUGUCGUUGACGUUCGGCAGAGGGGGCGCUCUGAUCGGUAACUUGCUCUUCGGCUUUCUGAUCGAUUUGAAUUGCGUCAUACCGAUCGUACUGUUCGCUUCGAUGUUACUCGUGAGCGGUUUGCUGUGUUUGCUGUUGCCCAGCACGGGCAAAGGCUCGUUGGAAUAG